CGGCCCUUCAACUUGAAUGUGACCUGAAGUAACUUCGCUGUAGUUCUGGUUGGUUCGAUUGUUGGAACUAACUCCCCCAGCUGCAUUUCCCUUCCGGCCACGUCUUCAACAUGGCCGACCCCUCGUCGUUAUACUACGCGGCGCUGCCGUUCUUCAUUGGAGGCACGUCCGGCAUGGUCGCCACGGCGUGCGUCCAGCCCAUCGACAUGGUCAAGGUCCAGAUCCAGUCCCGGACGGCCGUCGCGUCUCCGUUUGCGAUCGUGCGCGAGUUGGUGGGCUCCCAGGGAGUGACGGCGCUGUACACGGGCCUUGGUGCUGGCCUUCUCCGCCAAGCGACGUACACCACCGCGCGCCUCGGCAUCUUCGACGUCCUGUCCAGACGCUUGAAGUCGUCCGACGAAGCCAAGCUUCCGUUUUACAAACGAGCGAUCGCGGGCCUCGUGGCAGGGGGCCUCGGCUCCAUCGUCGGCAACCCAUGCGAUCUAGUCCUCGUUCGCAUGCAGACGGACGCGCACUUGCCCGUGGACCAACAGAAGAACUACCGCGGCGUCGGCGACGCGUUCCGGCGCAUUGUCGCAGACGACGGCGUCGUGAGUCUGUGGAAAGGAUCUUUUCCGACCGUGCUGCGCGCCAUGGCGCUGAACAUGGGCAUGCUGGCCAUGUACGACCAAGCCAAGGACGUCCUGACGCCGCUGUACGGUCCUGGCACGGCCACCGUGUUCAUGUCGAGCGCCACCGCCGGCUUCUUCGCCAGCGCGUUCUCGCUCCCGUUUGACUUUAUUAAGACGCGGCUGCAGAGCACGUCCACGUACACUGGGUUGUCCGACUGCGUGGUCCAAGUGAUCAAGAAGGAAGGCCCCGCAACCUUUUACCGCGGGUUCGGUACGUACUACAUCCGCAUUGCGCCGCAUGUGAUGAUUACACUCACGGUCGCGGAAUCCCUCCGGCAAUUGUUCCACGAAUAAGACCAAAAGACCACCACCACAACCAUAAAUCCUACCAUCUAAUUAACCCACUAAUACAAUACGUCGUUCGUACGUUCGUUA